CAGAAAAAACUGUGUGUGUGUGUGUGUGUGUGUGUGUGUGUGCAUUGCCAGUUUAUGUGGACAGUGUGAGCUCCGUCUCGAAUACAAAAGGACACCUUCACAGGUUCAACACAGGCGAGGAUUCUCAUUUUUCUUGCAACUGCCAGCCUCAGGUAUGAGGGCCUGCUUAGUAUUCCUUUGCUUACUGGCAGCAACAUUCGCCCUGUCUGUGAAAAGUAAACCUCAUGGAAAACAUCAUGGAAAACAUCAUGGAUUGCACAAGACUUCACAUACAACCAAAGAAAAGGACAUCAUCCCAGAGGAGGCCAACGAGCCGCAGAUCUUACCCACUUUAGUCACGUUUGAGGCCAGCAGCCAGGAGCAGGAAGACGAGGAGCUGAGCUCCCAGGACAAUGCCAACGCUAACAAGGAGGAGGGAGAGUUUGAGGCGGCUGAAAGGAGCGACAAAAGCACUGCGGUCCUGCUGAGCGAGGAGGAGUUGGUCGACCUCCUGAAGAAAGAAGCAGAAGAAGAGCAGGAAGCAGAAGAAAGAGAACUAAAGGAGGAAGAAGUGGAGAUGGGCGAAGGCAAGAUGGAGUCCGGUGAGGCCGUGGAGACCAUUGAGGACGAGGAAGCUGAGGUGGACCACAAAUUAGAAAUGGAGGAAGACGCUAAAGAGGGGAAGGAUCAGGAAGAAGAAGUAAAUGAAGAGAGAACGGGCGAUGCUCAAAUGCUGGAGAAAGACGAAGAACAGGUGGAAACACUCAAGGAGAAGGAGGAAAAGCCUGUUGAGAAGAUAACAGACAGAAAGGAGCAAGGGGCAUUUAUGGAGGAAACAGAUGGCAGCACAGAGUCAGAGAUCCCAGUUGAUCUUGACUACGCUGCUGAUAGUGGCAUCUUACAACCUCUACAGAUUGUUUCUGCUCAAAUAAAAACCCACGCUCCUUCAAAAACAGAUGUUAAAGAGGAGGAAACCGAUGAGAAAGCACUACCCACCAUUGCCGAUGACUAUGAACAUGACAUGCAAAACACAGAGGCAGUGGACAGCGAGGAAGUGUCUGAUCAGGACAAAGAUUCACAGGACAAAUCUAAAGGUGUCGAUGAGAAAGAGCCCGAAGAAGCAAAUGUUGACCGACAAGAACCAAAGAUCGGUACAGGGUCCCAACUGGCUGGAAAGGAGGAAGAGAAGAAUGAGAGCGGAGGUCACACCAAGGGAAAGACAAGGAAGCAAAAGAAGAACAAGAGGGCGAGGAAGCACUCUCCACAGAGUGAGGAAGCACAGUUUGGACAGGAACAGAGCCAACAGGAUCCUCAGCCGUCUGAGAGCAGCAGCAUUGACAACACAGCCCAGAAGGCAAAGAGGAGACGGGCAGGGAAAUGGGGUCCUUUAGUAGGAAUGAAUCCAGUGCAGAUAAGAGCCACGGUGGAUCUCUACCCCGAAUCCAGGCCCUCUCUCAAUGGAGGCGUACAUCGCCCAGCAGCCCCAGCUGAUCCAUGUGACAACUUCCCUUGCAAACGUGGAAAGACGUGUAAACUUGACGCGGACAAUAAGCCAAGCUGUGUGUGUCAAGAGCCGUCAGAUUGUCCUCCCAGUGUCAAUGAGUUUGAUCACGUUUGUGGGACAAACAACAAAACAUAUGAAACAUCAUGUGAACUCUUUGCUGCUAAAUGCAACCUGGAGGGCACUAAGAAAGGACACAGACUUCACCUGGACUACACCGGGCCAUGCAAACUAAUACCUCCAUGUGAGGACACUGAGCUGGUCCAGUUCCCUCUACGAAUGAGGGAUUGGCUGAAAAAUGUGCUGCUGCAGCUCUAUGAACAUGACUCCAUGUCUCCUGGCUUCCUCACGCCUAAACAGCGUUUUAGAGUGAAGAAAAUCUUUGAGAGUGAGAGGCGUCUUCAUGCUGGUGAUCACUCUGUUGAGCUGCUCGCGCAGGACUUUGAGAAGAACUACAACAUGUACAUCUACCCGGUGCACUGGCAGUUUGCUCAACUGGAUCAACACCCCUCUGACAGAGUGUUGUCCCACUCAGAGCUCGCCCCACUUCGAGUCCCUCUGGUGCCGAUGGAGCACUGCACCUCCCGCUUCUUUCAAGAGUGCGAUGCUGACAAGGACAAGCAGGUGUCCUUUAAAGAGUGGACUUCCUGUUUUGGUAUCAAGAAUGAUGAUAUGGAUGCCAACCUGCUAUUCUGAGCUUCAUUUUGUGCUUCAUCUACGACACAAGCUUGUUGACGCUGCUCCAACAGGAACAGGAACUCUGACAAGUACAACGGAAAGAAACUCAUGUUUACCUCCUGCUAUAGAGGCCAAGCGUUGGUGGUCACUGCUGUUAUUUCUGUGUCAGGCUAAGCUCAGACAUUUGGAUCUUUGUUCUGUAAUUUAGACUAAACUGCUAGAGUCAUUUUAUUAGAAUAUAAUAAGGUGUUAUGUUUAGCUGGUUUUAUCCAGAGACUGUUUUCUAAUGCAUUCCAAACUGGGGAAAAGUUUACAUCAGCUCAUUAGUAGAAAAGUUGUUGUAUAUAGUACCAGGCUUUAAAAUAACUGUGGUUUGUAUGUUAGAGUGAUUUAGUGCAGAAUUACUCUUUAAAUCAACAUGCUUGUGUUACAGUAGGAAACGUAAAACAAUAACUGUGUUUCUUAUCUUACUUGCAAAUGCUGUAAAUGUUUGUCUGUGCAUCCUAUGUUUCAUUAAAGCUCUAAUUAAAGCUUUAUGGACAGCAGUGGACUCCACAAUAUCAGCACCCUGUUGUUAAUGAUGACUUUCUUCACAGUCCUGAAAUAAAGUUAUUGCAUCAUA